ACAGAGACAGAGAGAGAGAGAGAGAGAGAGAGAGAGAGAGAGAGAGAGAGAGAGAGAGAGAGAGAGAGAGAGAGGUAAGACGCUACGAUCUGGAGCAGCACUUCGACCGCCUCAUUCACAUCUGGUCUUUUAUCACAACAGGAUGCUGAGCCACUGAGCCGCGUCCCCAAUCACCUGGCCGUAUUUGUUCUGAUCGGCUGCCUUGGGAUUUGGGAGAGCGUGACCUUUAGAGAAUCGCCGAGCACAUGGAAGGAAGUCGUUUUUAUUCUUCCUUCUGAUUUUUCUGAGGAGCCGUUUCGACCUAAAGUCUGCUGUGAGGUCUUCACUGCACUCCACGGGCGCACACGACUUCUUUACAUUUACAACCAAGCCCACCUCUCCAACCGCCCAGCAGCCCGCCAUGUACAGCAGCAGCUACACCCACGUGCCCCGCUACAGUCUGGAGGCCCAGAAGAAGAAGCAAAUGCAGCGGUCCAAGGGCAAGAGCUGUGGCUACUACAUGCGCAUCAUCUUCUUCUUCAGCUCCCUCAUCCAGUCGCUCAUCAUCGUCAGCCUGGUGCUCUUCCUCGUCUACGGCAAGAAGACGGACUCGCCGGACUCAGGCCGCAUCGCCGACCUGGAGCAGCGCUUCAGUCGGCUCACCCUGGACAACCUAGCCCUCAAGGAGCAGAGGAAGAACCUCACCAAGGCCCUGAACGUGAGCGCCGUGGAGAGGCUGCAGAUGGACCUGGACCUGGGGAGGCUGCGCAACCUCACCAACCUCUCCUACAAUUACCUCAGCGACAUGCACGGCAGGCUGAUUCAAUGCGAAACUGACAAAAACAAAAACGUGAGGACUUACUGUCCACAACCCAUCGGGACAUUUACCGACAGGCAAGGAGACUGCAGGACCAAGCUUCUUCUCCAGGAGGCCAGGGAGCGUGAACUACAGUCUAAAAUGAACCAGACCGUGCUGGAGUGCUCAAUCAAGAAAGAACAGCUCAACAAGGAGCGGGACGACCUCUCCUUGGAAGCCAUCGACCUGCGGAACGACAAGCAGAUGCUGCAGUCGGAGAUCACCAACUACAAGCUGCAGUGCAAGCAGGACUUUGUGGCCUCCUUGAGCGGCAUCUCCAACGUGUCCCGGGCCUUCCUGGAGAAGAUCGACUCCCUGUUCCCCGGCCACAUCGCCUUCCAGCUCACCUGCGAGAAGCAGCGGGAGAACCUGGAGCAGAUCCGCAGCAACUGCACCAGCCUGUCCCGCGCGGUGGAGGACAAGUUCCAGGGCUACCUGAACACCCUGGGCACUAAGGUCACCGACUACGUGGGUCAGAUCAACCACCUGCAGGCAGACAACCAGCGGCUGGGCAAGGCCAGCCGCUUCUGCAGUGAGAACCGCACGUGGCUGGUCCAGGAGAACCGGAAGGACCGGCAGAAAGACAAGCUCAAGUGCGACAUUGAAGUUAAGAAGCUGCUGACCGAGAAGAAGUUGCUGACCGGCGCAAAGGGGCUGCUGGAGGUCAAGACGAGCGUCAAGGAGUCGGAGAUCCACCACCUCAAGGAGCAGAACAGGCUCCUUAAUGCCUCCUGCUCGCAAGUGAAUCAAUAUGGAAGAUCAACUUUCGGGGGAUCUAGCUCUUCUGCUGGGAAUCCCUUCAGAAUCCCUUCUUUUGGGUCAAGUGUCGGUGCUGGCUCUACUUGGUAUAAUAAUCCAGCUACCAGUGGAGUAAAUGUUGGUACAGGACAGGGCAGUACCAAUCUAGGCAAUUCCAAACCCGGCAGUUCAAGUCUAGGCAGCUCAUUGCCAUUCAGCAACGGGGUCGGCAACACCAGGUUUGGGGGAACAGCCUCACAGGGGAGUAGCCUGCCCCUCCCUGGGACUGGCCCAGGCAGCAGCGCCACCGUGGUAGGCAAGCCGCCAACAGGCUCCGCCACGAGCAGGGUGCAAGGGGCGAGUGGCACUGGUGGGCUGGGAACCGGGCAGGGGAGCACAGGGUUAGGGAGCAGAGGGUUUGGGACGGGGCAGCGGACGGGGUUAGGAAACACAGGGUUAGGGACGGGGCUGGGGAACACAGGGUUAGGGACGGGGCUGGGGAACACAGGGUUAGGGACGGGGCUGGGGAACACAGGGUUAGGGACGGGGCUGGGGAACACAGGGUUAGGGACGGGGCCGGGGACGUGGCAGCGGACGGGGUUAGGGAACACAGGGUUAGGGACGGGGCCGGGGACGUGGCAGCGGACGGGGUUAGGGAACACAGGGUUAGGGACAAGCGCCAUGGGACGAGGAACUGGCACUACGGGAAGCUUUGGGGGUCUUGGUGGAGGACGGACUGCUGGAUCUGGAUCACUGAUUUCAAAACACCUCGCGGAUCUGCAGCUCUACGGCAAGCCUUCAAGCACGGAGAAGAAGAGCGAAUCACCCAAGACCUCUGGCUAAUGUGCCUUCCCCAGGACAGGUUGGAGAGAUGAGAAGAUACAAAUCCCAUCUCCUCUGUCCUCCAGCCUGAGCCAAGCUCCUCACACUGAGAACACGCACACGCACACACACACACACACACACACAAAUAAAAGCAUAGAUGCACAGAUACACGCACACACACACAAAAUUGCGCACCACACACAUACACAGACACACACACAGACGAACAGAUGCACAGAUGCAAACAGUGCACAGACGCACGCACAUGCACACGCAAACACAAACACAAAAACACACACACACACACACACACACACACACACACACACACACACACAUUAUCAUACACUUUGUACUACUUUCUCACUAGUAAUGCAUACUUAUAAUGGCAAUAGCAAGUUGUAAUAACUUUCUGCACAUUCUUUGCUUGUUGAAAUGUGAUGUGAGGGUGAAUUUGUCACUAGAAUGUAUAUAAUGUACUAAUCAGCAUGAAUAUGCUCUGUGUAAAUACUCAAAUUACUAUAUUCUUUAAAUAAACGCAUGUUGUUCAUACAU